ACUUUUUUAUGCUGCACGCAUCCACAGCAGGGGGAGAGAGAGAGAAGCUAAAGACCACCAACACCACCUCUUCGUCCUCAAAACUAUCCGCUAUAGAGAGAGAAAGUAGAGAGAGAAGCUCUGGGGAACGAGGGGGAGGAGAUGAGAGAGAAGACAACGGAGAGGAGAGAGAUAACGGGAGAUGAAGCAAAGACGCUGCCCUUAGAGAUUGUAGUGCAUUGAGAUCCAGUCUUCACCAAGAUUAGAUCUUUCUUCGUUUUUCUUGUAGUAGAGCUGGUUUCCUACAAACCCAUCUCCUUAGUUUAGAGAUUGAAGCAAGAGGGAUGCCCUUUACUCAAAUUCAAAGCCAGGGGGUUGAAGAACACGAGAUUAGAGCAGAUUUUUGGAGCAACAAGAAAAGGAAAGCAGUUGCGGGACUGAGAGAACCGACUUCGGUUCUUGACAAGAGAAGGAGCCCAAGCCCUCCAACUUCUUCAUCAACACUGUCUUCUUCUCUCAACAGCGGCAGCGGCGGCGGAGGCGGAGGCGGCCCGCCGGAGCGCGGCCAGAUUUCACCAGUAGAGGAUGCCGGCGGCGGCGGAGGCCAAGACCCGAGCUUUCUCAGGUGGAUCAUGGGCGAUAACGUCGAUGAUGUCGGCAACAACGGAUCGAGCUUCGGGCUAAUCGAUCCCUUGAUGGGGCUCGAGCCCAAUCCUUUCGGAGCUCAGGCUAACAAUUUCCAAUCUCUGUCAUUGCCAACGGCGACGACGAUGAGCACUCUCAGUCUCCCUCUACCUCCUGUGUUUUUACAAGAACCCAUCGAAGAAAAACCUAUCCAUUUCAGUCCAAAUCUCAUCCUCAACCAUCACCAGCAGCUCCCGCCUCCUCAAAAUCCCUCCUUUUUCCUCCCACUUCCCCAAUUCAACUCCCACAUCGAAACCCAUCACCCCCAUUUCCCAGAUUCUGCCAAUGGAAACAGCCUCUUUCUCCGUCGAAACCAGCUUCAAAACCCUAGCUUUUCAAACCCUAAGGUCAAGGACGAGUUCUCCGGCCAUCAGCAGGCGAUAGUAGACCAGCUGUUCAAGGCGGCGGAGCUUGUCGAGGCCGGAAACUCCAUUGGCGCACGUGGGAUAUUGGCGCGGCUCAAUCACCAGCUCCCUUCAUUUCCUGUUAUAGGAAAACCCUUGUUUCGUUCUGCUUUCUAUUUCAAGGAAGCUCUCCUUCUUCUUGCUAAUAACAAUCCCCCAAAUUCACCUUUAUCGACUCCCUUGGAUGUGCUCCUCAAGCUUGGAACUUAUAAAGCCUUCUCAGAGAUUUCCCCAAUUGUUCAAUUUACGAAUUUUACUUCGAUUCAAGCAAUUCUCGAGGAGCUCCAUGGAUGCAAUAAGAUUCAUGUGGUAGAUUUCGAUGUUGGGGUUGGAGGGCACUGGUCUUCGUUUUUGCAAGAACUUGCCCAUCGUCGAGGAGGAGCUACACCUUCUCUCAAGAUAACAGCUUUUGUUUCCCAUUCAUCUCAUCACCCACUCGAGCUCCAUCUCACGAGAGAGAACCUCUCUCAUUUCGCAGCUGAACUCAACAUUCCCUUCGAAUUCAAUGCGCUUAGCCUCGAGGGCUUCGACCCGUCAGCAUUUCUCGCUGUAUCGUCACCCGAUGAAGCAAUUGCAGUGAAUUUCCCAAUUGGGUCAGUGCUCAAUUACCAGUCAAUUCCGACAGUACUUCGAUUUGUCAAGCAAUUGAACCCAAAGAUUGUGGUCUCAGUAGAACAUGGGUGUGAUCGCAGUGAUCUCCCGUUUUCUACCCAUUUCCUCCAUGCAUUUCAGGCUUGCACCAUCCUUCUUGAUUCAAUUGAUGCUUCAGGAGCUAAUCAAGAUGUUGCCAACAAAAUCGAACGAUAUUUAGUUCAGCCAAGGAUUGAGAAUGUGGUUCUAUGUCGUCAUCGGUCAGUUGAGAAGAUGGUCCCUUGGAGAGCUCUAUUUGCGUCGGCUGGGUUUGUGCCAUUCCAAUUCAGUAACUUCACCGAGACGCAGGCUGAAUGCUUACUGAAGAGGGUGCAGGUUCGAGGUUUUCAGGUUGAGAAGCGGCAGGCUUCGCUGUUCUUGUGCUGGCAAAGGGGAGAGCUCGUCUCGGUUUCAGCUUGGAAAUGCUGAGGAGAGGUGAUCCUUUACUCUUCAUCUACCUGCUAGUUAGUUUGUUUGCCUUUGUAUUAUCCGAGGCAACGUCUUUUGUUGUCAUAUAUGGUAGUAUAAUUGUCUGAUGCCGGGGAUUGUUCAAACCCAAAAAUUAUCUAUAUGUUUGUUAUUUGGAUUUGGGCAGUAAUGUUUAUGGUGUUUCGAAUGUUAUAUUGUGAUUUGGAAGCAUUGAUAGCUUCUGGUUUAGGUGAACUGUACACUUUUAAUGGAAAAAAAUGGUGAGGAUAUUUCACAAA